AUGACAAAAAUUUCCAUGAUCCGGUGGGCCAUCCUGGGCUUUGAAAGUAAACAGAGGCUGUCUUACUGGUCGUAUCGAUAUUCCACCCUCCCGCAACGCUCAUUUCGCUACCAACGGCAGCUGCAACGCGUCAGCAACACUUUCGACAAAAGAGGCGUCGUGUUGGAUCGAUCUGAGCCGGUUUGUGAUGGAAAGGUCGGAGCGCUUGAGCUCUCCGAGAACGUGUCAUUACCGACACCCCCAGAGCGAGAAAGACUGCUCAUGGCUGAGAAGCUUUUGUCCUACCUUUCAGCCAUCACACUUGAGGGGCAGAUCACGCCAACAGGCUCGUCCAUGUCCAUUUUCCCCUUGUCACCUCGCUUCUCACGCAUCCUGUUGGUUGGACACCUUCACGGCUGCCUGCCAUAUACCAUUGCUCUGGUUGCCGCCCUGUCUGCUGGUGAGAUUUUCAUCAACGAACACCAAGCCAUUCCAGCAUUAGAGGAGAGCACCGAAGACUUCCGUACCAAUGAAGAGGUGGUCGCCGAGGAAAAGCGAGCGAGAGUUCGUCAAGCAUAUAAUGCUGUCCACAAGAACUUUUGCUACCUCGACGACAAGAGUGACGCCAUCAAGCUGCUCCAGGUCGUAGGAGAGUUUGCCCAUGAGCCCACAGAAGCCUGGUGCGAAAGCCACUUUGUGCGGUUCAAGAUCCUAAAGGAAAUUCGGCAGCUGCAAUUCCAGAUCGCGGAUCUCCUGAGGACCAACAUUCCACAACACGCCAAUUUCAAGCUUGAGGAGAAACUGGACCCUCCUUCUGCUACACAGGUCCAAGCUCUCAAGCAGAUGAUUGCCGCAGGCUUCAUUGAUCAAGUCGCCAUCAGGGCUGACAAGGCUCCCAACCCGCCUGAGACGUACAGGAAACCACGUCGUGCGAUCGAUGUUCCAUACAUCCCUCUCAUCCCGCUUGAGGGUGAUCAAAAGGUUGAGGAUCCUCUUGACAGGCUGGUAUACAUACAUCCAACUUCCCCUCUUGCUCAUCUCAGCACCGCCGAAUGCCCCGAGUACAUCUGCUAUGCCUACCUCCAGAAGGCUGGCAACACAGGCGCAGACGGUGAGAAGAAGGUCAAGACGAGGAUGCAUGCUUUGACGGACUUGACAGCAGGCCAGAUCGCUUCUCUAGCCAAGGGUACGCCACUUCUCACGUAUGGCAAGCCCAUCAAAGAGGUCAAGGGCUCUGAAAGUGCCGAUGGCAAGACGAAGGAGGUCUGGGUGAUCCCAUAUCUUCGGGCUGAGGGCGGCGCUGGAGGGCUGGGAUGGCCAUUGCCAGCAAGAAGAGUGACACAACGCAAGGUUCCUGGGAAGGGUUGGAUUGUUGAGUAA